UGCGAUUAACAGUGCUGAUGGCUUAAAGGACGCUGAUUAUAUUACUAUCAAAACCGAAUUAGAAAGUAAAGGUGCUGAUUCAGCCAUGAUUACUGCGGUCAAAGAAAUACAUGACACUAAGCAACAAAAUUAUGCUGACGGAGCUGCUAAAUUUAAAGGGUUAGAGGUAGGAGACCAAAAAGAUUAUAAAGAAAUCUAUAUACCUUUAGCCGAAGCCGCGGUUAAAAUAAGAGCCAAAGCAACUAAGACAAAAGCCGAGGAAGAUUUAAUUACAUUAAUUUUGUCUAGAACCCGUGAUUUCGAACCCACUAAAAAGUCUGAAUUAGAAAAAACAAUUAAGGACUUAAGAAGUUACAAGGAGGGUAGUGAUACUGAUAAAAAAACUGCUUAUGAGGAAAAUAUUAAAGGUGAAUAUGCAACUCAGUACGACCAAUUAAUUUCUAAGCUGGAAAAUAAGUUAA